AUGGCCGAAUCCAGCAAUAUCAACGAGUAUAUACUCAAUGAGGUAGUCAACAAUGAAACCUCCGAGUCCAAGCGAAUGUAUGUGAAAGAAUACAAAAAGAUUGGCGAGGGCGCCUUUGGAACCGUUGUCGAAGCCGUUUUGGCUGACGUGGACCUGAACGGCAAUCCCGAAGCUAACCGAAUGGGUCCUUUUGCCAUCAAACGAGUGUUGGCACAGACAGAGUACAAAUGUCGUGAGUUGGAGAUCUUGCGCACGGUGAUCCACCCUAAUAUUGUCAGCUUGAAGUUCUUCUUCGACAAGCGCAGUCUGUUAGAUGGUCAAAUGUAUCAGAACCUAGUAAUGGAGUGCUUGCCGUCCAACCUACAGAACGAAAUCAAGUACUACCGCCAGUCCAAGUACACCAUUCCUUACCCACACAUGAAGGCAUACACGUUUCAAUUGACGAGGGCCAUGCUCUACUUGCAUGGCUUCAACAUCUCACACCGUGACAUCAAACCUUCAAACAUCUUAGUGGACCCUUCCACGGUCCAGUUGAAGAUCUGCGACUUUGGCAGUGCGAAGCAGUUGGAAGCUAAUCAGCCUUCUGUCAGUUACAUUUGCUCUCGUUACUACCGGGCUCCCGAGUUGAUUGUUGGAUGCACGGUGUACACAACCAAGAUCGACGUAUGGGGCUUGGGGUGUGUGAUCGCCGAGAUGUUUUUGGGCAAGCCCAUCUUCCAGGGCCAGUCGUCCGAGCUACAAUUGAAAGAGAUCUCCAAGUUAUUAGGGCCCCCACCCAAGACAUUCUUUUUUAAGAGCAACCCACAAUACCGAGGCAACAUGUUCUCUAAUAAGUUGUUUGGAUGUACCAUCAAGGAGCGGUUUGAGCAGAUUUUCUCUAACUCGCCGCCCGAUGUGAUAGACUUGUUGCUAAAGAUAUUGGUGUACGACCCUGACUUCCGAGCCAGUCCCCGGUCUGUUCUCGUACAUCCGUUCUUUGACGAACUAAAAAGUGAGAACUUCCAGGUUUAUCCACGUGGAGCCAAGGAGCCCAUUAAGCUUGACUUGUUCAACUUCUCCAAGUUCGAACUUGAACUUUUGGGACCUGUGAAAGACGAGUUUUUAAGGAGGUAG